UCUCUUUCCUUCACUAAUUCUUGUUUUCCUCCGUUUCCUUUUACCGUUUCUCCUUUCUCUUUCCUCCACCGAUUCUACCCCCCACCCCAAAACAAUCUCCAUAACCAAAAACUUCCACCAUUUCAUUCCUUCUUUUUCUUCUUCCUCCUUUUCAUAAUGAUGACUACUCUAAAAUCUGAUCAACUCAAACAGCUAAAAGACAUAUUCAUGCGUUUCGACCUCGACGGCGACGGCAGCCUAACACAACUAGAACUCGCCGCCCUUCUCCGCUCUCUCGGCCUCAAACCCAGCGGCGAUCAACUCCACGCAUUACUCGCCAAAAUAGACCACAAUGGCAACGGAUCCAUCGAAUUCGACGAACUCGUAAAUGCCAUAAUGCCUGAUAUGAAUGAAGACAUUUUAAUGAAUCAAGAUCAGCUCAUGGAACUUUUCCGGUCGUUCGAUCGCGACGGUAACGGAUACAUUACCGCCGCUGAACUCGCCGGACAAAUGGCCAAAAUGGGUCAUCCUUUAACGUACCGAGAAUUGUCGAAUCUCAUGCAAGAAGCUGAUACGAAUGGAGAUGGUGUAAUAAGUUUCAAUGAGUUUGCUAAUAUUCUUGGAAAAUCUGCAACUGAUUUUCUUGGCCUAACUGUCUCUUAACCGGUGGUAUAAAUAAUUUUCGGUACGUUUUAUAAGGUGGUCUUUCGUGUCAUUUUCAUCCAACAUGGCAUCAUUAACGUUAAAUUAAAUGAAUCUUUUGUUGAUGGAUUGUUGACAGAUUUGGAUGAUAUUGACUCGGUUUAAUAGACCUUUGUUGUAUUUUUAUGCUUACGAUUUUUUAAUUUUAUCUUUUGUGUUUUUUAAGGUUAGAUUAUAGGAUUCUAUAUGUCCCCUUUUACAUCUAAAUGAAAUACACUGACAAGUUUAAGGACUGUCGAUGUAUUCGGCGUAGAAAGAAUGUUGUAUUGAGGUUACGCGAGCCUAGAUGUAUUUGAAUUAAGGAGGAUAAGGACAAUUGAUGAAAUUGUAAUGUCUUUUUUAACUCUUGUAACUAUUAUAUUGGCAUGUUAUGUCUUCAUAUUGUUGUCAUCUAUGAAAGGGACUUCUUUAAUUGGAAAUUGAAUGGUACUAUAUAUGCAUGAAAAGUGCAAGACACUUAUCUUUUUCUUCAUUGACUGUGGAAUCAGGAUUUUUUGUGUCAGUUCUGUGCCAGGAUAUUCCUCUUUCUGGAUGAUGCCAAAACUAGCUUAAAUUUUUUAAAUGUUAAUGAAGUGAAGUUCUUUCUUUUUUGUACUUAAAAUAUUUCGAACCAUUGUUCGAUUUCAAACAUAAUAUUGUAUUUCAACUUGUUUCCAAUUGAGGUAUAGUUAUAUUAUUAUUCAAUGCAUAACAUUGUCCGUGGAAACUUGUUUUUCUUUUGGUGUGUUGUGUGCAAUUAUGGAAGAAGUCAGCUAUACUUCACUUAACUUUUAUUAGAAUCACGUAUACGGUCAAAAUCGAGCUCGCCUACAACUUGGUAGAUUAGGCUUGGAACGUAGCAAUCAAGGACUGAAGAUCGACCUCGAGUUCCUCCGAGCUAAAACCCGGGGUCGGAAUGCCUGCUUUCGAGGAACAGUGAGUCCGGUGUCAACCUUAGCCUCAAACGAGCUCGGAGAAACAUUGUUGAGAUAACUAACAGAAGACCGAAAUAUCCGUGACCGGUCGGAUAUUGCAACGGGAACCUCGGCACAUAUCAGUAAGGAGCUGGCAAUCAGCGAAUCAAGAGAUCUUUACCUUUUAUGGAAAUGUACCUAGAGUAUAACUCAUCUACUAUAAAAAUGGGGUCUGAUAAUUCAUUCAACACAUUGUAACACGUAUCCCAAAGCAAUAUAUUAUUAUUCUCUUUAA